AUGUCCCUGCGCAGGCUGCCCGGGCUGGCGGCCGUGUCCCCGCUGCCCUCCCCGGGCACGGCCCCGCUCACGCCGCUGCCGCCGGACAGGGCUGAGAGCCCGGACAGGUACCGGGACACCCCGAGGAGGGGACACGGGCGGCUGUGGCACCCGCUGGCCCCGGAGCCGCUGGCCUCGGACCGUCCCCGUCCCCGGGACUCGGUGUCCUGGCAGCCCAGGGAUGCAGGAUCGGGGCCGGACUCCCAGACGCAGCAGAGCCCCGUGCAGGAAGACUUCCAGAAAACCAUCGCGGAGUUUGGGAGAGCUCUCAAAGAGAAGCUCCUUGGCCAGAGGAUCAGCUCCUUGCCGCAGUGCCAGCUGGAAGCCAGCCCGGUGCUGAAGGACAUCUCCCAGCUCCAGGUGCGCAGGGACAGAGUGCAGCAGCGCCAGAGCGAGCCCGAGGAUGAGGAAGGUUUUGUCCCCAAGAAGCUGCAGAGGCUGGGCCAGCGGAGCCGAUUGCCCGCCGGCCACGGGGCUGCCAGGAGGGAUCUCCUUGCCAAGAGCCCCUGCGGCGCUCCAGAGCUGCUGUUCCCCCAGCUGCCGCCGUGGCAGAGCGAUGCCACCGUGCCCCAGGGCAUGGAGAAGCCGGUGUCCACGCCAGUGAUGAAGAAGGAGGAGGCAAAGCUGCGUCCGGGCAAGCGCGGCCGGGGCCGGCAGCUCUUCCUCUCUCCCUCGGUUCCCGGCAGUGUCGCCGGGCCCCUCCCGAAGCCGGGACCCCCCUCGGACAGGGACAGCCCUGCCAAUGCCCAGCGGCAGAGCAGGGGGGCCGGAAGCCCUGAGCAGGAGGCGUCGCUGGAGCCGGAAGCACGGCUGGAGCCCUGCAGGUCUGCCCAGCUCCAGGAGAUGGAGAACCUGCUGGCCAACGAUGACCAGGAGCUCAUUGGGGACUUCUCCAAGCCUCACCUCCUGCCGACGGUGGAGGGCAAGGACCCGGGCCUGAAGUACAUCUCCCCUGGCACGCUGGCGGCGGUGCUGUCGGGAAACUACAGCAGCUUCAUCGGGAGCAGCGUCGUCGUGGAUUGCCGGUACCCCUACGAGUACGAGGGAGGCCAUGUCAAGGGCGCUGUCAACCUGCCGCUGCAGCGGGACGUGGAGGAAUUCCUGCUGGAGCGCCCCAUCGUGCCCCAGGAGGGCGGCAAGAGGGUGAUCAUCAUCUUCCACUGCGAGUUAUCUGUCGAGCGGGGGCCCAAAAUGUGCAAAUUCUUGCGGGAGAGGGAUCGCUCCCGCCACGAGUACCCGCAGCUGCACUACCCCGAGCUCUACGUCCUGAAGGGGGGGUACCGCGAGUUCUUCUUCCAGUUCCCGGGCCACUGCGAGCCCCGGGACUAUCGGCCCAUGGAGCACCCGGCGUUCAAGGAGGAGCUGCGCAAGUUCCGCGGGCAGAGCCGGCGCGGGCGGCGGGCACUCUCCAUCCUCUGAGCGCCCCGGGAGAACGCCGGAGCUGGGAUUGUAGGAAGGGUUCCCUUGGAUGGGGGAUGCACCUCAGCUUGGGCUGGCUUGUCGAUGAGUUUGGGAUGGUAUUUAGUG